GGAAACUAUGUUCAUUUUAUUAUUGCAUACAAAUAUCAAGCUAUUUCUCCGCGAAAAACCCCUCCAAGCCGUCAACGCCUACCUGAUCAUGCGUGGAUUCGUCGCUAGUUUGACGGCGGCAGCGUGCGUCGUAGCAAGUGCUUCUGGGUUCGAUUUCAGCUCGCAGUUGUCCCACCGAGUGGUCUUCUCGUCGUCUGCGAAGGCGCAACUAGCGGCUUCAGUUGAUGGAAGUACCGUGUUGGGUGACUACUGCAACUCCACCAACGACUGUCCUUCGGGCACUUCUUGCAUCGCGGGGAGUGCCCUAGAAGCCAUUCAAUCGUGCGUGCAGGAGCCUGUGUGCACUGGUACUGCGCCUGGUAACUGUCCUGGUCUUGUGAGCUCAGGACAACUCGUGUGUGCAUGGAGCCCGACGAACGCGUCAGCUUGUAGUGAUAAAAACGGCUCGUGCACUGCAUUCAACGGGGUUCUCGGUAUCUACAAGUGCAUGUCGGUGGACCGAUGUGACGCCAUUGCAGGCCCUGCAUCUUCGUCGUGCAGCAGCGGGUGCAAGUCGUCGAAUGGACUCACGUGCAACGGCCGCGGGAGUUGCCAGACCGCCGACGGCGCUGCGUACAAGUGUGCAUGCAACACAGGAUGGAGCGGCGUUCAUUGCGAAGUCGUGGUCGACGGAAGCUGUCAAGCCGGUGUCGGUAGCUGCGGCGCCCACGGCAAGUGCGCGAAUGGCACGUGUCAAUGCGACGAAGGGUACUCCGGUGCACAGUGCGAAGUGGGAACGACGACGACCCAGGCGCCACUGGUCACCUCUGCCGCUCCCUCGGACCAAGGAAUCGGACCUAUCCCCAGUCCCUCCACUGGACUGAGCUCGUCGACGAUCAUCGCCAUCGUGGUGAUCAUCUUGGCGCUGUUGGCGAUUGGAAUCGUGGCGUUCCUGAUUGUGAAGAAGAAGAAGCGGGAGCGCGAAGCGGCCGAGCUGCGUGCGCUUAUCAACCAAGACGACGACAACGACCGAGAACACGUGACGACCCCCAAGGCAGCGAUUCAAGUGCUGUAAACAAGUAUAUAUGACCAUUAUACCACAGCAGAAACUGGACCUCAAAUAUUAAUGCAUAACGUUACUGUAUUCGUUGUA